UAUGUACACAUGGGGGACAGACUGAGUGAAGAGUGAGAGAGGAGUUAGGCAGGGCUGUAUAUUGUCACCAACCCUUUUUAGCCUGUAUACAGAGGAGGUAGCAGCCAGGAUGAGAAGAAUGAAUGUAGGGGUAAGUGUGGGGGAAUGAUAAAGUAUGUGUACUCCUUUAUGCAGAUGACGUAGUUGUUAUGAGUGAAUGGCAGAUGAGCUUCAAAGUUUGUUGGAUGUAGUGGAUGGCUAUGGUAAAGACUUUGGAGUAAGGUUUAGCAGUGAGAAAAGCAAAGUAAUGAUUGUGAAUGGGUCAGAGGAUGAAAGUAAUGUGGUAUGGAGACUUGGAGAGAAUGAGUUGAGACAGGUGCAAGAAUACAAGUACUCAGGGAUGUGGAUGAGUCCUAGUGGGUGUGCAAAGGCAAAGAAUGAAAAGAUAAAUAUGCUAAACCAGUGGGUAGGUCGACUGGGAAGCGCGGCAAGGAUGAGAGCAAGUAAGUAUGAUGUGUUGAGAGAAGUGUGGAAGAGUGUGGCUGUCCCAUGUAUAAUGUAUGGUAUGGAUGUGAUUGCAUGGAAGGAAAAUGAAAUUGAAAAGUUAGAAGUGGGCCAGAAUAGAGUAGCAAAGAUUGGCACUGAGUCCACCGAGGGGCACAGCAGUUGAAGCCUUGAGAGGUGACAUCGGAUGGCGCACCUUUAGGGAAAGACUCACAAAAGCCACACAAGAUUAGGCUUGAGAGAAUGGAUGAUGCAAGAAUAGCAAGGAAGGUGUACCUGUGGAAUGAAAGUGGAAGCAAAUGGAGGAAGAGAUGCAUGAGAAUGACAGACAGGAGUGGAUUGCAAGUUGUGUGGGCGAUAAGAAUGGCUGGUAGGAAUCAAAAUGAGCGUGAAUGGGUGGUAACAAGAGGAGGAAGAGUGGGAGCCGAAUGGGAUGUGAGAAAAUGGAAGAAUGAGAUAGACAAAGAAGUGAAAUGUGUGGGACUGAAUGAAUGGAAGAAUGAGAUGGAAAGAAAGAAGACCCUGGAAUGGUACAAGGAGAAAGAGGCCCCGAGGUAUGAAAGGUGGUAUGAUGGAAGCCUGGGCGGUGAUCUUCUCUUCCGAGCGAGGGCACAGUGUAUGGAUGUGAAUGCGAGGAGUUACAGGUGGUCUGAGUCCCUGUGCCAGAUGUGUGACAUGGGAGAGGAUGAGACGGUGGAACAUGUGGUGCUGGAGUGUGUGCAGUAUGCCAGAGACAGGAAUGAGAUGAUGCAAGUGAUACUGACUGAGUUAGGGCAUGAUACGAAUGAAAGAGUGGAGAACACAGGAAAGGAAUGGAUGGUGUUGUUGCUGGGACUGUGUAGAGAGGCGAGUGAAAGAAUGAUUGAGGCUGUGAAACAGUUUCUGGAGAGAAUGUGGCGUGUCAGGUGUAUGAACAAUUAGGAUAGAGGAUGCUGUUCGUUUCUCUCUUUUUUUUUUCCCCCUUCUACAGGAGUUGUCGAUCCAAAGGCCUGACUCAGGAGUGAUCCUGUGCCACCUGUACCAUCAAGAUCAAGAUCAAGACAACAGUUCCCUCGUGUUUACUACCACAGUGCAUAGAAAUCUUAUCUUUUUUCGCAAAUUUCCCAAGUAAUUCCCCACCCCGGAGGCCGCCCCCAGUACCCCAGUUCCCUGCAUCCAUGGUUUAUAUUGUUAUUCUUCAAGAGGUGAGAGAGGCAAGGGACGAGAGACGCAAGGGAGAGAAGCAAGGGAGAGAGACAGAGUUGACCCGUGUGGCUCCUCUCUGGUGGUGAAAGCAAGUGACGGCAAGAUGGUGAUGGUGACCCUGCCCAACCCCCUCCAGGAAAACUUGGAGGGUGUGACUGAGGGAGGGGCAGGGUGUGGGUCAGGGGCAGAAGGUGACGUGCCAGAGUUACGUCACGUUCCCCCAAAUGCAGGCCGGCAAGUUUGCUGACGUCACCAGUCGUCAGUGCACGGCGGGUGCUGCAAGGGGAACGAGGAGGUGGACCUGUUCAGCUCCUCAUCCCUCCCUGCCCUCUCCCCUGACAGGAGCAUGCCAGACCCAGGGGUGCCCAAGGAAACGGUUGCGGUGGAAACUGGCGUACAGCUGUGCCUGAGCCUGCCGUGGACGCAUUUCCCAGCCCCCGAACUGAACGGUCAACCUGCCGCCAAUCUCAACUUCAACCAGAACAGCUCGGACACGGCUGGCCAGGACAACCACCGCAACACAGACAUGCAUGCACCUGAUAUGGACAUGAAAAUGGAGGGACAGGAGUCCCACGUGAUGGUGUCCGACAGUGAUGCCUCAGUGCAGGAGGGGGAACGGCAGGCAGAGACCCGCAAGUGCCCCUGGGAGAAGCCUGGAGUUAACCGAGCCAAUGAAAGCAGAAUCAAACUUUCCAUUCCAGUCAACUGAACCUGUGAAAGUUCCCAAUCCGGCCAAGCAGGUCCCAGAAGGUGCGGCGUCCAUGCACCCCGUGAUGGUGCUGCACCAGAUGAAGCCUGGCCUGCUGUACAACACUAACAAGACCACCAGGGAUAACAAGCCUUUCUUCACCGUCACCGCCGACAUCGAUGGCAAGGAGUUCUCAGGCAAGGGGACAAAUGUGAAGAAAGCCAAGUUCUUCCUGGCCAACACAGCAAUACUGGGACUGUACGGGGUAGAAUCCACCUUUGAGAUCUCCGCUUAAUAGAAGUAGUAGCUGCCUGGGUACUGGCGGCGGUGUGCGGGGCAGGCGGUCCCUCGCACACGUGGCUGUAGAGUCUGCUACGUGAUAAUGACAAAGUAGAUAGGUAGCUACAUAGUAUUUUAACCUGAAGUCCUGUCUGUGAGUGUUGUCUUGUAUGUUGCUGCUUGCUGAAGGCAGGGAAUGUACUGAACUGGACCUGAGUGGCUUACAAAACUCCUGUGGAAGGGAAGUGAUGGUCUGUGCUAAAUGUUGCAGUCUGACGAGUGACGUGGAAUUCAAUUUUUCCACGUGUAAAUUCUUCCAGUCCAGUGUUUACCUUUAUUUUGUUCCAGCUCUGUUACUUAGUGCCAGAGUUAGAAGACUGACAUUUAACGGAAUUCUUAUUUAUGAUUUUGACGUACUUUCUUUUCCCAUUUAUUUACUUAGCCCAUGAAGUGUGGGUGCUCCUUGUAAAUGGUCGGUGCUGAGCCUGCCAUGAAUGCAAAUCAAAUGCAGCUGAUUGUGAAAGACAGGCACAGGAGAAGGGGUCAGUCACUCAUUCCUGCUUGUGUCAGAUCACUCAUCUAGUGUUCUGCUGUGGAGUGGAGUGGGUGAUGAGAGGGCUGUGGUGAUGGGACAGUGACAGACAAGCCCUACUUACUGAAAACAAAAGUGUGCGAACUCAUCACAUCAACACUUAUUUAGCUUCCUGACAAAAAUGGCAUCCAGUUUCAGAUGUUUAAGGUAUUUAACUCAUCUAUUUAUUUAAAGGUACCCACUCUUUAUGGGUUAAAUGAAAGCUGUACUCUAGUUUAGCAGUCAGUCUCACCACUUGGUUUAAUGUGAGCAGGUAAGGAAGCCCUAGAACCUGGCCCUUGGUUAGGUUCUGGUGACUUCUGGCUGGAAUCUCAGUACCUUAAUUUCUCUUCUGGUUGAAACUUUCUCCUCAAACACAACUGGCUGGAGCUGAGUCCUGGGAUGGUCAGCUGUUUAAAUAUUACUACACAAAAUGUUAUGAGUUUGAAUACAUAAUGAAAAUUUCUUUAAUGUGUAUGUAUGUAAAGGUUAUAAAAGCAAGUAUUUUUUUUCUUUUUCAAUUUUUGUAUAUAAUUGAGGUUAAGAUGAAUUUGAAACAUUGAUUGCAAUUUAUCAAGCUGGUGUUUUUGGUUUUGAAGGAAGUGUAAGUGCAAGAGGUAUGAAUUUGAAACAUUGAUUGCAAUUUAUCAAGCUGGUGUUUUUGGUUUUGAAGGAAGUGUAAGUGCAAGAGGUAUGAAUUUGAAACAUUGAUUGCAAUUUAUCAAGCUGGUGUUGGUUUUGGUUUUGAAGGAACUGUAAUUGUGCAAGAGGUAAUCAUUUGAUCAGAGUGGAAUUAAUGAAGCAGUUUACCACACCAGUAUUGUCAUUCCUGCUCCCUGUGUGUCCACCUUACCUCACACACCCUGACGUUUGCCUCAACGCCUUCAUUUAUCACCAAUGCAGUUAGGUAAAUUAUCACUUAUUACUAUUUUCUCAUAUGAAUUCAGAAACACUGUCAGCUUAUCAAAUAGUGUAUCUGUUAAUAUAACCUUUUGUAGGCAACUUGUCCUGUAACCACCUAUGACAUUUUAGGCUCAUUUUUGUACCAGCCUCUUCAACAGUUCUAUAGCUUAUGGAAAACUAAAUUAACUUCCUAUUCUCUCAUUUCCUCUGUCCAUACCAGCAGUUCUCAUAGUACUCUCAAUGUUGAAGGAUGAUAGCAGUCCAAGGGCAGAGCUAGUGAGUUUCUUUGAGUCUCCCCAAUAAUUGUUUUCUUUUGUAGCUUGCGGUGAAGAGGAGGAUAAUAGCGGUAAUUAAAGGUUUAGUGAUUAUAUGAAAAAAGUAUUUUUAUAAGGCGUGUAUUCGUGGGAGUGAUUUAAAAGUCUUGAAACAUUUAUUAUAAAUAGUCUUUACUUAUUUCAACUGUAGUUUUCUCUAAUCAAUGGUAAUACGAAUAAUAGAAUUACAUCAUGUUGCGUCAGCCUACCAGUAACUCAUAAGGUAUCAUACCCUAGCUUAUAAAAUAUGUUAGUAAUUUAGAAUUCAAUUAUUAACUUCAACUAAUGUCCAGCCUAUAUGCUCACCUUGCUAGCCAAUUAUUCCUGCAUUUUUAUUUAAACUCACGGUUCAGUAAAAUUAUUUGUGAAAGAAGAGAGAGAGAGAGAACUAGCUAAGGUUCCAAUAACUUCAGAUGCCUGUGGGUGUUGAGGGAGAGAGCACAAAAUGGCGUCUCCCUUCCCUCUGGCAACAGGUGGGUCUCGUAGCUCUGAAAUAUUUGAUUUUUCUUUUAUUUAGAAGUGAAUAUUACUGUUCAUGUUUAUUAUUCAUGUCUAGUGAAGAUAUAGUGACUGUACGUGUUGACAGAAUGGCGUCUCCCUUCCCUCUGGCAACAGGUGGGUCUCGUAGCUCUGAAAUAUUUGAUUUUUCUUUUAUUUAGAAGUGAAUAUUACUGUGUUCAUGUUUAUUAUUCAUGUCUCUAGUGAAGAUAUAGUGACUGUACGUGUUGACAGAAUGGCGUCUCCCUUCCCUCUGGCAACAGAUAAAAUAGCCGGUGUUGGUCCCACGUGGAGACAGGCCACAGUCUUGGGAAAGCGUUAGCCAUGUAAUGUUUCUUUAGUCAAAUAUAAUCUACUGUGAAUGUGUUGUGAGCAAUAUUAUUGCCGUAGAGAAGUGAUGGAGGAAGGCUGUGACGUUAUUUAGGGAUAUAACGGUGCCCAGAAUGAAUGGUACUCUUGAGGAGUUAUAAAAGUAAUUAUUUUCUUGUGUAUUCGUAGUGUUAAGUAACGGAGUAUAAGUGUAUAUGCCAUACCAGAAUUUCAAGUGUCAUAGUGGGUCAGUCAACCCAAAGAAUCCCAUCAGUAUUAUUCAUUUAAUUAUUUUUGCUAUUUUUAUAUUUUUCGUUCCUCCUAAUAAAGCCACACUGUAGG